CUUGACGCGGCGGCGCGUUUAUAAUCCGCUCGAGCGACGAGUAAACAACCGAAAGACCAACAGCGGAUGAUUCUCGUCAUUUCUCGGCGAGACUCGGCGCUCGGCGGACGUGGCUCGGACGACGAGGCGACUGCUUUCCUUCCCAACCCGACCCGUCACCGACCCUGCGUGUAAAUGUUCACAGACAAGAUGAUGAUGUCCCCGUGGGACCGCUGGUACUCCACAAGCUGCUGCCUGUGCUGCCAUGUCCGCACAGGAACCAUCAUCCUGGGGGUCUGGUAUAUGCUCAUCAAUGCCGUGGUGUUGCUCAUCCUGCUCACGGCCCUCAGUGAUCCAGAAAAGUAUCAUCUGACCAGUGCCGAGUUGGCCAAUGACCUGGAUGUCAUGGAUGAUGCCAGUAAGUAUCCUAAAAACAAAGUUAUAAGUAGAACUUCACAGUUUGUUUUCCACCCAACACGCUACUAUGCACUACCUGGUCUAUCAUACAAAACCCUGCUGAAAUACAUUGAAGUUUGUUACUGUGACAUAAAAAUAUGGGAAAAUUUAAGGGGUAUUAAUAUUGCUGCAAGGCACUAUAUCUAGUACGCCUUUGGUACU